AUGGCUGAUCUCGCCGAACGACCAGCGCUUGAGCUGCAGACCGAUAAUGAGAAAUCUGACCUACCGAAUGAGGACGGCAUAACUUUAGAGAAAACAGAAGACCCUAUUCAAAGCAAUGAUGUUGACGCUAGUGCUGAUGCUGGGCAAGAGCCAGAGCCAAAGACAGAAGAGCCAGAAGAAUCAAAACAAGAUGAUACUCCAGAACAGGCAGUCCCAGUUGUAGAUGAAAACACCGCGGACGAGGAAGAAACUCAACAGAAUGUCCCUAUCGAUUUUGUCACCAUGGGCAUGUUUAUCAUCGACGAUAUCGACUUCAUUCCCCCUACUGAGCCUGUCAAAGACAUCCUUGGUGGCGCUGGCACCUACUCGGCGCUGGGAGCUCGACUUUUCUCUCCUCCACCUAAAUCUACCUCUGUUGGCUGGAUUGUCGAUCAGGGCUCCGACUUUCCCCCUUCUCUCUCAACACUCAUCGACAGCUGGUCCACCUCAGCCUUGUUUCGCCAUGAUGGGCUGCGGCUAACUACACGAGGCUGGAAUGGUUACGAAGGUACUGCUGAGAAGCGCGCUUUCAAGUACCUGACUCCCAAGAAGCGUCUGACUGCUGAGGAUCUUACCCCGACCUUGUUGCAAUCACGCUCAUUUCACCUGAUAUGUUCUCCGAACAGAUGCAGAGAUCUUGUUGCAGAGAUCACAUCACUUCGUAAAAAGGUUAUGCCUGCUGAGUCGUACACCAAGCCCAUCUUUAUCUGGGAACCGGUACCUGACUUGUGUACCCCCGACGAGUUGCUCAACUGCACCAACUGUUUGCCCCUUGUGGACAUUUGUAGUCCAAAUCAUGCCGAACUAGCUGGUUUCAUGGGCGAUAGCGGGCUCGACCCGGAGACAGGUGAGAUUUCGACAGUUGCCGUGGAGCGAGCCUGCGAGCAGCUCCUUGCCAGCAUGCCUUUGCAAUCCUUUACUCUUGUCGUUCGCGCCGGUGAAAAGGGGUGUUACAUUGCGAAGAACGGAGGAAGGAAACGAGGGCGUGAUCAAAAGACCACCAAACGACGAAAGAAGGACUACGUUAGAGGCGGUCUACAGCACGAUACGGAUAUGGAGGCUCUGUUUGCUGGUUUACUCCAGGACGCCGAUGGCUUUGUCGCACGCGAGGAGAUCGAAGUUGAUCCAGGUAUUGAGAAAUGGGUCCCUGCAUACCACGCAGAGCCGUCCAAGGUUGUUGAUCCUACCGGAGGUGGAAACACCUUCUUAGGCGGCCUUGGAGUUGCGUUGGCACGAGGCGAAAGCAUCGAAGAAGCCGUAGCCUGGGGAGCUGUCGCUGCAAGCUUCGCGAUUGAACAGGUCGGCGUUCCGACGCUUGGUAGAGAUGCAGAGGGCAGCGAAACUUGGAACGGGCACAAUGUGGAGGCUCGUCUGCGGGAAUUUCGCGAACAUCUAUGA